GGGCGGAGUAGCUCCUAGCUCGCCGCUGACUGUUUCUCCUUCCCUCUUCUCUUUCCUGGGUUCUCUGGAGACGGAAGCCUGGGGUUGGGGUUGGGGCUGUGACCGCCGGUCUGCGAAAGCGGCGGCUGCAACCUAUCCUAGCCACAGCCCGGAGGGGCUCGGGCGGCAGAUUGGAGUACGCUUCUAAUUUCCUAAUACCCUGUGAAAAGAGUUCUGGACUGAGAGCCUGGAGGCCUGAGACCUGGGACUGUCUUUGCUUUUGACUGCUGGGUGAUUUGGGCUCUCUGCCCUCAGCCCCCACCAUGGCCACAGCCAUAGCCCAGAAGCUCAGUCGCUUCUUCCCCAGUGUCCGGCAGCUGGGACAGAUGCCCAAGCUCCUGGGGGAGCUGGCGUCCCCCCUGCCAGACAGCACCGUGGGUCGGGCUGAGGUGCCUCGCCUCUUCUGGAAGCCAUAUAUCUACUCAGGCUACCGGCCCCUGCAUCGCACAUGGCGUUUCUACUUCCUGAGCCUUUUCCAAAAGCACAAUGAGGCUGUCAACGUCUGGACCCACCUGGUAGCUGCCCUGGUGCUGCUCCUGCGCCUGGCAUACUUUGCGGGCACCGUGGACUUUGUGGGUGACCCUCAUGCCCAGCCCCUCUUCCUCAUUGUCCUUGCCUCUAUCACCUACCUGCUGUUCAGUGCCCUGGCCCAUCUCCUUCAGGCCAAGUCUGAGUUCUGGCAUUACAGCUUCUUCUUCUUGGACUACGUGGGCGUGGCUGUGUACCAGUUUGGCAGUGCCCUGGCCCAUUUCUACUACGCCAUUGAGCCCGCAUGGCAUGCUCGCGUGGCGGCCAUCUUCCUGCCUGCUGCUGCCUUCCUUGCCUGGCUGUCUUGUGCUGGUUCCUGCUAUACCAAGUACCGCCAGUUGCCGGGGCUGCUGGGCCGAGUUUGCCAGGAGAUGCCCUCAGGAUUGGCUUACGCCUUGGACAUCAGCCCCGUGGUGCACCGCAUCUAUGUGGCCCAGGCCCUGGGCCAGGAGGACCCUGCCGUACUCUACCACAAGUGCCAGGUGGCCUUCUUUCUUCUGGCGGCUGCCUUCUUCUCAGCCUGCUCCCCUGAGAGGUGGUUCCCUGGCAAGUGCCACAUCUUUGGGCAAGGCCACCAGCUGUUCCAUGUCUUCCUGGUGCUGUGCACGCUGGCCCAGCUUGAAGCCGUGGCCCUGGACUAUGAAGCCCGGCGUUCUAUCUAUGAAGGGCUCCACCGCCGUGCCCCCCACAACUUCACUGCUCUCUUCCUCCUCACUGUGGUCUGUAGCGUCCUCACUGCCCUCUUCCUCAGCCACCGUGUGAAGCAGGAGCUCAAUUGCAAAGAGGACUGAAGGGCAGUGAGGAGGUGCUGGGUGGAGAGGGUGGAAGGGCCUGGGCCCAGCACCCAGCUCAGGAGCGAAGCGAGGAAAGCAAUCAGACUAUCGUAGAAGCCCCAGUAAAGUUGUUUGUGUUUGGCCACUGGUGAAUCCAAGUGCCCCUUUUCCCCAUGCACCCCGCCCCCCACCAUACCCUUCUUUUCCCAGUUCCUAAGGGGUGGGGGAGGACAGUUGAUCUGGGCUCUGAUAGGAGGAUGGGGUAUGGAGCUUUAAGAUGCUAGCACAUUUCUUUGUCUCCAGCCUUGCUAAUUCUGGCAGACUCCUCACUCUUUCUACCCUGUCCUAUAUGCAUUCCUCACCCAUUCCUCUUUCCAUGGAGUUGGAAGAAAUAGAUUGUAGGAGAGGUGAAUGUGCUUAACUUGAUCACUAGUGGGUAUGGUCUUAGUUGUCCCCUCCUCCUUUCUCUGAAGUUACUUUGAGUGAGAUAGCUAUGGCAUAUGGCCCCUGUCCCUUGGGCAAAGGGGGCAUGCAUCUGCGUGUCAGUUUGCGUCAGAGGCAAAACCCAGGGCUCUGAGAUGAAGAUGAUGGGGAGCCACAGGUGGAUUUGAGAGUGGGGAAAGGAGGUUCUAGGGUGGUCUCAAAGCUCAGCAACCCUCAGUGGUAGAGAGAAAUGGGGAAAGAGAUUUUAGGAGAUUCUUGGGAUUGAGGCCUUAUACUCCUAGGGACAGGAUACCAAACCUUCCUUCUCUCCCAGCAAAGCUUGUGGGCACUUUUUAGCCACAGAAGGUGCCCCAGGGGGUAGUUUGAAGUGAGCAGAGGAACCAGAAGUUGAGUUGGAGGGCUACAUAACAUCAAUACUGUCUGCCUCCCUAUGGACACUCUAUUCCCAGCCCUCACCAGCUCAAAGCCUUUGUUUUCUGCUAGGGCAUGGGGGAAUGGAACUUUUUGUAAUCUCCUUCCCUACUCCUCUCAGAGCCUAUCCUUUUGAUCCAAAGGUGUUUUCUGUCUUUUGGCUCCAGGCCAAAACCUAGCUGACAACUUAAGGAUAGGUCUGGCUGGUCUAGCCCACCUCUCCUAGCUGCCCUGGGUCACCUAGUUUCCUGGACCCUGGAGUUACCUGGUCUGUCUCUCAGAUGAUCUCAUCUCUUGCCACUCUGGACUGAAUUAGGCUGACUUCUCCCUGAGCUGGGGAUAGUGGGGGUGGGGAAUAGAAAUCCUUUAAUCUACCUUCCUCAUUUAAUGAGGAAACUGAGGCCCAGAGAUGAGAACAUACCUGCCCAAAGUCACAUGGCAAUUUAGUGGUAUAACUAGUUAAAACUCAGGUUCUCUGAUCCUCUUUCACUAAGCCACAGCUGUCUGCUUCCUUUUCCAGGAAGGGUCUCAGAUCUGUUCACUGAGGCCCUGAGAAUUGAUCUGAGAGCAGUACAGGGGGCAUAAUGCUCUCCCUGGAGGUCAGGGGAGACCCACUGCUACUGCUGCUAUGUGGGGAGAGAGUGUGAGUGGGCUGGGGAGAGGUCCAGGCCCUCAGACUUAAGAGGACUUCCCUGACCACGACUUCCUGCCUCCUCUCCUCUGGCCACAGCCCCACAGAGAAGUCCAGGAGGUUCGAGGAAGGAGGGAAGCCUAGGUCAGCCCUUUCCUGAGAUACUGGUCUGUCUGGGCAGCAUGGGGCAGGGCUUUGGGCUUUUCCGGGUCGGUCUCCUGGACUGCAAUGGACCUUAAUAAAUAUUAACUGAAUUUGAA